GAGAGCCCCGCCUCUACGUCGACAAGUAACCUAUGAAGCGCUGGAUCCCGGACGCAUGGCCAACGGAAACUGGGGAGGGCGGGCCAUCGCGAGGAGAGGCCCUAGACCUGGAGCAGACAGCCAGAUGCCACCCGCCGAGCGCGGAUCCCGACGCAGGCAAACUAUGUGGACCAUGGUGAGCUGGUUGGCCUUAGUGGCAGGGCUGGUGGCUGGAACACAGUGUCCAGAUGGUCAGUUCUGCCCUGUAGCCUGCUGCCUGGACCCAGGAGGAGCCAGUUACAGCUGCUGCAACCCUGUUCUGGACACAUGGCCUACAACAGUGAGCCAGCGUCUGGGCAACCCCUGCCAGGUCCAUGCCCACUGCUCUGCUGGCCACUCCUGCCUCCUCACAGUCUCGGGGACUUCCAGUUGCUGUCCCUUCCCCAAGGCUGUGUCAUGUGGGGAUGGCCUUCACUGCUGCCCCUGGGGCUUCCACUGUAGUGCUGAUGGGAGAUCCUGCUUCCAGAGAUCAGACAACCUCUUGGGUGCUGUCCAGUGCCCUGGUAGCCAGUUUGAAUGCCCUGACUCCUCCACCUGCUGCAUUAUGGUUGAUGGCUCCUGGGGAUGCUGCCCCAUGCCCCAGGCCUCUUGCUGUGAAGACAGAGUGCAUUGCUGUCCCCAUGGGGCCUCCUGUGACCUGGUUCACACCCGCUGCAUCACACCCACAGGCACCCAUCCCCUAGUAAAGAAGAUCCCUGCACAAAUGACCAAUGGGGCAGUGACUUUGCCUUCUUCUGUGGUGUGCCCUGAUGCACAUACCCAGUGUCCUGACGAUUCUACCUGCUGUGAGCUGCCCAGUGGGAAGUACGGCUGCUGCCCAAUGCCCAAUGCCAUCUGCUGCUCUGACCACCUGCACUGCUGCCCCCAAGACACUACAUGUGACCUGGUCCAGAGUAAGUGUGUCUCCAAGAACUACACUACGGACCUCCUGAUCAAGCUGCCUGGACGCCCAGUGCAGGAGGUGAAGUGUGACAUGGAGGUGAGCUGCCCAGAUGGAUACACCUGCUGCCGCCUCAAGACUGGGUCCUGGGGCUGCUGCCCAUUUAGCAAGGCUGUGUGUUGUGAGGAUCACAUACACUGCUGCCCAGCAGGGUUUCAGUGUCACACAGAGACAGGAACCUGUGAACAAGGGAUCCUCCAGGUGCCCUGGAUGAAGAAGAUCACAGCCGGUCUCAGCCUGCCAGACCCACAAGUCCUGGAGAGUGAUGUCCCUUGUGAUGACUUCACCAGCUGUCCCCCAGCUAAUACCUGCUGCCAACUCAGUUCUGGGGGUUGGGGCUGUUGUCCUGUCCCAGAGGCUGUCUGCUGCUCAGACCACCAGCACUGCUGCCCACAGGGCUACACCUGUACAACUGUGGGGUACUGUCGGAUGGGGAACAGGAUAGUGGCUGGCCUGGAAAAGAUGCCUGCGCGCCAGACAUCCCUGUCCCAAAUUAGAGACAUCGGUUGUGACCAGCACACCAGCUGCCCAGUAGGGCAGACCUGCUGUCGAAGCCUGAGGGAGGGCUGGGCCUGCUGCCAGUUGCCCCAUGCUGUGUGCUGUGAGGAUCAUCAGCACUGUUGCCCUGCUGGGUACACCUGCAACGUGAAGGCAAGGUCCUGUGAAAAGGAAGUGGACUCUAUUCAGGCUUCUGCCCACCUGGCCAGUCGCCCUACCUUGGGGGAUGUGGAGUGCGGGGCAGGACAUUACUGCCAUGAUAAUCAGACCUGCUGCAAAGACAGCCGAGGGGGCUGGGCCUGCUGUCCCUAUGUAAAGGGCAUCUGCUGUGCUGAUGGGCGCCACUGUUGCCCCAGUGGCUUCCACUGUGGAUCCAGGGGAACCAAGUGUAUUCGAAAGAAGAACCUGCACUGGGACACUGUUUUGAGGGAUCCAGCCCCAAGACAGCUCCUGUAAGGAGGGGCUGAGGACUGAAGAACACAGCCCUGGGGACCCCAUUCAGAGGGGUAUCCACCACUCAGGCUUCCCUUGCACCUCUUCACCCUGACCUACCCAUUCUGAGUUACCCCAUCACCAUGGGAGGUGGGCCCUCAAUUUAAGAGCUUUUAUGCAAAGAAGGCUGUGGCAAAAGCCCCAUUACAAACUGCCAUCCCAAUUUCUGUGGACCCUGUGGCCAGGUGCUCUCCCCUAUCCACAGGUAUUGUGUGAGCUUGUGUGUUGUGUGUGUUGAGUGUCUGCUCCAAUAAAGUUUGUACACUUUCUUAA